AUGGGCAAAAAAAUUAAAAAAAAUACCAAGAUCUCUUCUUCUGCACAUUCGAAGAACGAAUCGUCAUUAUCAUUCCCAAUACCAACCAAAAAUGGUGUAAUACUCAAUGAAAAAAAAGAAGCUUUUUAUGCAUCUCCACUCUACGAUUUUUUAUCUCCAUUAAGGCCUGUUAACCAUCAAUGGGGUGCCGAGUACAUUAUAGUUUUUUUUGCACUGAUUAUAAGGUGCGCAGUGGGAUUAGGAUCUUUUUCUGGCUACAAGGACCCACCAAUGCAUGGUGAUUUUGAAGCACAAAGACAUUGGUUGGAAAUAACAACUUCACUACCAAUCUCUAAGUGGUAUUAUUACAAUUUAGAAUAUUGGGGAUUGGAUUAUCCGCCUCUAACAGCAUAUCAUUCUUAUGUCCUGGGAUACUUGGGUUCUUUAAUAAACAGUUCAUGGUUUAACUUAGACGAUUCAAGAGGUUUGGAAACCUUAGAUUUAAAAUCUUAUAUGAGAUUUACUGUUAUUCUAAGUGAAGCCUUGUUAUAUAUACCGGGUAUAAUUUAUUUCUGCAAAUGGAUUGGAAAACACACUCAUGAGUCACCAAUUAACCAAUAUAUUGCGGCAGCAGCAAUAUUGUUUCAGCCAGCUCUAAUUUUGAUUGACCAUGGACAUUUCCAAUAUAAUAGUGUUAUGCUAGGGCUGACUGUCUAUGCAAUUAAUAACAUUUUGGAUGACUACUAUGUACCGGCUGCCAUUUGCUUUGUUUUAUCGAUUGGUUUUAAACAAAUGGCUCUUUUUUACUCUCCAAUUUUUUUUGCAUUCUUGCUAAGACAAUCCUUAUUCAUCAACUUCCCAAGAUUCAUCUUAAUUUCUGUGGCGACGGUUUUAACGUUCUUUGCUAUGUUUGUUCCAUUAUAUGUGUUUGGUGGAUUGGAUAAUGUUUUACAAUGCUUGCAUAGAAUAUUUCCUUUUCAAAGAGGCAUUUUUGAGGAUAAAGUGGCCAAUUUCUGGUGUGUCAGUAACAUUGUUAUUAAAUAUCGAGAAUUGUUUACUUUAGACGAAUUGAAGAUGCUGUCUCUAGUGCUAACCUUUAUAGGGUUUUUACCAGCAUUCGUUAUCAUUCUGUUGUACCCCAAAAAGCAUUUAAUUCCGUAUGCCUUGGCUUCGAGUUCUUUAUCGUUUUAUCUGUUUGGAUUUCAGGUGCAUGAAAAGACUAUAUUACUACCACUAUUGCCGUUGUCCUUGUUAUACACAUCUUCUGAUCGAAAUGUAGUAUCUUUGGUUAGCUGGGUAAAUAACAUUGCUGUAUUUAGUUUAUGGCCAUUAUUGAAAAAAGAUGGUCUUUGUCUACAAUAUUUUGCUAUUUUGUAUUUGAGCAAUUGGUUAAUUGGGAAUUUUAGUUUUAUCACACCGAGAUUCUUCCCCAAAUGGUUGACCCCAGGCCCUUCUGUUAGUGAUGUAUCUGUUGCUUAUAGGAGAAGAAGUUUAUUGCCCAAUAGCUUAUUUUGGAAAGUUUUUAUUGUUUUAUCUUACAUAAUAAUGGGUGCUAUUCAUUUGUGUGAUUUUUUAUUAGCACCACCGGAUAAAUAUCCAGAUUUAUGGGUUUUAUUGAAUUCUGCUUUAUGUUUUGGCUGUUUUGUGUUGGUGUGGCUAUGGACUAAUUACAAGUUGGUUUUACUACGCAAUAAGACUUUUAAAUCGUAUUAG